AAGCUCAACUAUACUGUAUCUCCACCAUUUGUAGUGAACAAGUAAUGAUCUCCUUAGUCACCCGUCCUACUCUUACUGGAGCAUCCAGAUCCGGUGCUGCCCUUUUAAUUCGUGGUAUAAAGACCAUUCCUCAACCUCCUGGUUAUAUUGUUGGUACAGUUAAUGAUGCUUAUGUUCCUCCUAAACCUCAUAAGGCUGAAGGUUCUUAUCAUUGGACUUCUGAAAGAAUUGCUGCAUUUGCUUUAGCUCCUUUAACUUUGGCUCCUUUAGUAGGUGGAACUUCUACUAUUUUAGAUUCUACAUUACUGACUAUAUUAUUAUAUCAUUGUUAUACUGGAUUUCAAUCAUGUAUUACUGAUUAUAUUCCUAAGAGAGUAUAUGGAUCUUACCAUAAUUAUGCUAACUACUUAUUGAUUUUUGGUACUGGUGUAGCUGGUUACGGAUUAUAUAAGAUUGAAACCUCGGAAGAUGGUGGUGUAACCGGUAUAAUCAAGAAGACCUGGAAUGCUUAGACGAUAGGCUUCUGUGUGUGUCUAUUCCAUAUCUGCAUGAGUUUAUUAUAUUUAUUUAUUCACUAUUAAGUAGCUACUACUCUCCUACAUACAAUAAUACAGG